AUGCCUUUAGAUGAAGAGGGAGCGAAAUGGUCGUGUGAGCCCUGCGUUCGCGGCCACCGAUCUUCGAAAUGUCAACACUUCGAUCGCCUCAUGAUGAAGGUGCCAAAGGCUGGACGGCCGCUCGCCAAAUGCCCUCAUCCGAAGGGCACAUGUAGCUGCCAGAAGUUGUACGCCUUCAUGGUCCGAAUUCCUAAGGGGUCGAGUUGUUUAUGCCGACCACUCUAUCAGGUCCCCAUGGUCGUAACAGAGUCCGGGACAUCAGGAAAACCGGUGGCCGGUCUUCCUGCUGUAUCAGCUUCCUCCAUCACCAACACAAACCGUAUCCAAAAACGUUCGAGUCGCCGAAGUAGCCUUCAAACUGCCCCGGAAUUGAUUGCGAAAGUUGUGGACGAAAUGGAGACCGCGUCUAACGACAAUAAAGUGUCCAGCUCCCCUGCACGGAACGUUCGAUGUCCUUACAAAACUGAACGGUAUUUCCUGCCUCCUCGAACCUCGGCUGAUUGUUCCAACGGCCAAUCACCAAACUGCGGUCUCCACCUCCCAGAUUUACUUCCAACCCAGCCUCAAGCCCAGGGGUCUGUCAUGGAACCUCCAUCCACCAACGACGGUUGUUGUGCUUCUAAGAGCCCAAUGGAACCUUCCUCUCAGCCGUCCCGUUCAUGCUGUUCUACAAAUAGCCCAAAAUCAGAAGAGUUUGAUGCGACUGUUGGGGAGUUCAAGCAAGAAGACGGCAGCAGAUCUUCUCAGCAACCCAACCCUCAUCAAUCUUCACAUACUAUUCCACCAGAUCGCAAUUGGGAACGUCGAUCAUUUCUAACACCAGAUCUUUCUGUACAGACUCAAGAGCGACAUAAUAUUCUACCACAUUUUCCAAAUAGAAAUUCGAUUCCUCAUUUCCAGAUGCGUGGGUCAUCAUCUACCCCCGUAACGGGUUAUCCCUCUCCGAAUGCUGUGUCUCAAUACCACCCAGUCCACCACCCGCAAAGCCCUUUUCCCCCCUCGAAUAUACCCACUGUUGCUUUUCAUUCCCCCCGACUUCCAAACGACUCUCAGUUACACAAUUGUGUCUGUGGGGAUGAUUGUCAAUGUUUGGGUUGUGCCUCUCACCCUUUCAACAAAACCACACGAGAGCACGUACAGCAAAUGGGUUACCUGUUGAAUUUUGCAGAUGAUGAUCAGCAGUCUGAACGAAGUGACAAUAAUGCCAACAAGCCAUCCUUUGACGGCCCACCAGUGCCUGCAGAGUUCGAAUAUCACAAUUGGUCACCAAGUAGCCUUCCAUUCCAGGAUUCUCAUCAGCUACCUUGGAAUGGCCCACACACAGGACCCACUCUUAACGGCUCCGGAUCACCCUCAUCUGGUGGCCCCACUGUCUAUAACUCAAACCAUGGCGAAAUGAUGAUGCAGCCUGCCGCCUAUUACGAGCUGGAAUACCCCGCCGAUUAUCUGGACCCAUGCACCAACAUGACAGGAACCUGUCAAUGUGGCAUUAACUGUAGCUGUGUUGGCUGCUUGACCCACAGCGGACACGAUGGCGUUCAACUUGAGCUCUCUCCUCCUCCGGAUACUACCCUAGAAGGAGCAGUUACCGACACUGCAAAGUCCGUGCCGCCGUCCACACCGUAUUCCCCUAGUCAACUGAACGGUGACAUCAACCCCUACCUCAAUCAUGAAGAUUUGGCAAUCCAAAUUCAAAACUCAGCACCCAGAUCUCCUCUUCCUGCUUAA